UUCAUCCUCAUCUGCUAAUAAGAAGAAUAAGGAUUAACAGGGACUUCAUUUGGGGGAAGGAUGAGAACCAGGGUAAGAUGCAUCUUGUGGCCUGGGAGAAACUUGCAGAACCGAGAACGCAAGGAGAAGGAGGACUCCGGGCGCUUCGACAAGCCAACGUCGCGCUUUUAGCCAAAGGAGGAUGGCGCAUUUUGUUAGAAAAAGAUACGCUCUGGACUCAAAUCAUGAGGGCGAAGUAUGGACGGAGGAGA